UCAACUGGCUAGUAUUGCUGUCAAUCAUUAGAAACCGACUCCUUUGGGUCUCCAUUUGACCAGCUGCAGCUGAAAAUUUCGAGAAUUUCCAGGAGUGCAGAAGAUUGUGGCUUCCUUAAUUUCUUGCUCUGGAGAUCUGAAUCAAUAGAGAAGUCGGCCUUAUGUACCAUCCAAGAAAGCCUUUCCUUUCUUUCCAUUAGCCAAUUAAGAAAUUUAGAGACACAAAACCAUCACGAGGUCCAUCAGUUUUCGUCAAGAAAUUCAAUUUUUGUGCUUUUUGUCUUUCACUGUGACUGGGGCCUUUGGAGCUACGUUAUGUUAUCAGCGGCCUUAAUUACUUUGGUGAGAAGUGGUGGGAACCAGGUGAAGAAGAGAGUAUUGCUAAGAUCCUUCCUCCUGCAGGACAACAGGCAGGUGACUCCUGCCUGCUACACCUCCACUUCAGAGCCCAGGAGUUCUCGAUUUGAUCCGGACGGAAGUGGGCAGCCAGCCACUUGGGACAAUUUUGGGAUCUGGGAUAACCGCAUUGAUGAGCCAAUUCUGCUGCCACCUAGCAUCAAGUAUGGCAAGCCAAUUCCCAAAAUUAGCCUGGAGAAUGUGGGCUGUGCCUCCCUCAUUGGCAAACGGAAAGAAAAUGAAGAUCGCUUUGGGUUCGCACAGCUGACAGAGGAGGUGCUAUACUUCGCAGUGUACGAUGGGCAUGGGGGACCUGCAGCUGCCGACUUCUGUCACACGCACAUGGAGAAAUGUAUUAUGGAUUUGCUUCCUCGGGAGAAAGACUUGGAAACUGUGCUGACUUUGGCCUUCCUAGAAAUAGAUAAAGCCUUUUCCAGUCACGCACACCUGUCUGCUGAUGCAAACCUCCUGACCUCUGGGACUACUGCAACGGUAGCCCUUUUGAGAGAUGGCAUCGAACUGGUUGUAGCCAGUGUUGGAGACAGCCGGGCUCUUUUGUGUAGAAAAGGAAAACCCAUGAAGUUGACCACUGACCAUACCCCAGAAAGAAAGGAUGAGAAAGAAAGGAUCAAGAAAUGUGGUGGUUUUGUAGCUUGGAAUAGCGUGGGACAGCCACAUGUAAAUGGCAGACUUGCAAUGACAAGGAGUAUUGGAGAUUUGGAUCUUAAAGCCAGUGGUGUAAUAGCAGAACCUGAGACAACAAGGACUAAGCUCUACCAUGCUGAGGACAGUUUCCUGGUCCUCACCACCGAUGGGAUUAACUUCAUGGUGAACAGUCAAGAGAUCUGUGACUUUGUCAACCAGUGCCAUGAUCCUAAUGAAGCAGCUCACGCAGUGACUGAACAGUUACACAUCCCAUGUCAUCUGCUGUAAUCAAUCCUGUCUGGGCUACUUCUCAUCCAACAUAAUAUAAAUAUCUGCGCAUGCUUUCCAUCUGGGCUGCUUCUCUCCAGCCACACCCAUCCUCAGAGUCAAUUCUUCCUGGCCACGUGGUUCUUCUUUAUGGUAACCCAUGGAGAUCCCCCCUUCCUUCCCCUCUCUUCCCUGUCUCUCCUCUUCCUGUGACCUUCUGUCUUCUGAGCCCUCGAACCUUGGCCAUGCCUACCUCAUUUCUGCCCUGCCCGGUGUAGGCAUUAUAUAGAUCAAACAAGGAUUAUUUGGCAGCAAGGUUACACAGCAACAUUUGGUGUACAUAAUCUGCUUAUGAAACAGUAAAAAUCUUGGGAGGCAGUGCCAAGCAACUAACAUCUGAUGAUAUGGUGGCUCUCGAUCAAUCUCCAUGGUACAAUGGUACCUGACACAUUUUAAACGAGGUUUUCGCUUACAAUUUGUUUGUAAACCUUGUGUAUUUCUUGAAGCUAUUUAUACCAGUCUUUGUCAAUUCUUUCUGCUAGUUUUGGCUCCAGGCUGUUUGAUCUGUUUGAUGCUAACUGCAACCCUAAGCACUUCUGAAUAGUACCGAUAACACUCAGCUAUUUGAACUGGUCCCUAAAAGUGACUUAUAAUCCUGCUGCAGACAAUUUAGUUUAUGCCCACUUAUCUGUCAUAGAAGGAAUAUUAUAAGCAUUUUUCUCAUAACUUUGUAUAUAGCCAUUUUUGAGAUUUUAAAUUUUAAGUUAGCAUACAAAGUGGUAGGUUUCUAGCAGUGUUUCCAUACAAAGAUGUUUUUAUAUUUUGUUCUUUUUUAUCCCUCUCCCAAGCUCUUUAAUUUCUUGGGCUACAUUCCUACAAGCAGUUGAUCUUAUGUAGGCUUUUCCAGAAUUAGCACUUAUGUAGGCUUUUCCAUGAUUUGUGCCAUGCUAAGGGUUUCAUGUGUGUCCUCUUUGGAAGGUGCUCAGUUCACACCUCAGUUCACAGGUGGUUUUGUUGCCAAGAUUACUAGAUUGGAAGAUAAGAAAUAUUUGGUUAUGUUAUUCAUGUACAGUUAAUAACCAUCUGAUAUGUGGAUGCAGGGUGAAACCAUCAUAAAACUUGUGAGAUAACUGUAUUUGUUAACUGUAGAAACAGUUGGCUUUCCAGAGAAAGGAUGCUGUCUGUUUGCACAGAAGUCCAGUGACUCCAGGUACUUUUCUCUUCUUCCCUGCACCUGCAGGCAAUACAGUAUGGUACUGAAGAUAACAGCACUGCAGUGGUGGUACCCUUUGGUGCCUGGGGAAAAUACAAGAACUCUGAAAUAAGCUUCUCAUUCAGUAGAAGUUUUGCCUCCAGCGGACGAUGGGCCUGAUAGUCAGCUUCAACUCGGUGUAUCAAUGGGCAUAUCAAGUACCUGGUAAUAGCCAGAAAAUGGCCUGCACUCAUUUGUCCUUGUGACGUGAUAGAUCCCAACACAGCAUAAGCCUACCAGCCACAAACACAGUAGUAUUGUCAGAAAUCUUCAUCAACGUUAUGUUCAACUGUAUAUGCUCAGUGUAAGUACCGUGAUGGAGCUGUGAAGGCACUGUGUGUCUCUGCACUGAGUGGGAGAAGAAGCUGGUUUUGUACACUUGAUGACUGAUAAAUCUACGCAUUUUGUUUGUGAUACUAGAGAUGGAAUCUGGGGUUUUCUAAGUUUUAAGACUACCAGGCAGAUCCAGUUUCUUUUUAGUAAAAUUUGUUCUUUAUUUAUCUGGACAGGGUUUUCUGAAUUUUGACAGCUAGUCAGUGUGUUACUUGCAGGUGUCUUUUCUUUCUCUUUGUUUAAAGUAGGUUCUCACUGGUUGGCCUUGAACUCCUAGGUUCAAACAGUCUUCCUACUUCAGCUUCCUGAGUACCUGGGACUGCAGGAUGCUCCAACUUAAAAGUGAUUUUUGUUGGUUUUUGUUUUGUUUUUAUCUUUAAUUUUUUUUUUUCAGAGCAGAAGCAGCACAGAUUUAUUAAAGGAAAGUGAGAACCUACACCCAGGAGAUGGGUGAAUUCCAAGGGAGUAAUACCCACAGUGUUAUUUUUUAAAUAAAUGUACCAAGGAGUGAAAAUGAAAACUAGGUUACUGUGUCUUAUACUUUGGAUCACUUACUACGAAAUUUAACCUUGAAAAAGAAACUUCUUCAGACAAAAGACAUGGCUAAUGAGUAUGCAUAUUUAUAAACAGCUCUGUUUUGUAUUUCAAAUAUUUGUAUCCUCUUCCCCAUUCAUUCUUAUUUUUAUGCAAUUAACUAUGCUAUAUAGCUGUAAGUGUUCCUUAGUCUCUGGAGAAGAAUGUACUUGCUCUUUGGUUAAAACAUAUAAAGUGAAACACUGAAAGUGUUAAUCUUGUAUAAGUUGUUGUAUGUUUUGUGUGUAGUAUGUUUAUAUCACAUUUUGUGUGCCCAGUAAGCAAGCUGGGUCAUUUGUUGGUUAAGAUAAUGACUGAUACUGUCUAUAGCUUGGAAUUUAUGAGUUUGUGUCUCCAUUUUCCUCAUUUCUAAGGUUUAUGCAAAAGAAUAAAUCUGUUUAAAAGGACAUUCAAAUAUAUCAGCUUGCUAUAUAAAUUAGGAUUGUAAAGCCACACUCCUUUUUACAAAACUGUAUGUAAAUUUGCUGUUAAACUGUGAAUCCCUGAAUGUGUGUUUGGAAUUAAUCUAUAGUUUAUUUUCACAAGCUAUGUAAAUUUGGUUUCUUGUGAUGAGUGUAUAUAUGUAUAUUUUGAAGUAAUAUAAAAUUAAAGGGAACAAUCUUGUGCAGCCUUUAUCAGGUAGCUUUAAAUUAUUGAUAUAUUUGACCCCGCGGACACGCCACAGAUUGAGUGUCACAUUUUCUGCAGUAAAGAAUUGGUGGUAGUAGAUAACCACUGUGGAUUAAAAUAGAUAUGGGGGCCAGAUGUGGUGACCUAUACCUAUACUCUCAGAAUUUGUGAGGAGGAGGCAAGAGAAUCAGAUGGUGACUCUGAGAUCAGCCUGGGCUACCUAGCAAGAUCCAGAGUAGCCUCAGCCACAAUUGUCUGCCAAAACAAAAUAACAACAAAUGGCUAUAAGAGACCUUCUAUUGUGUGUACUUUAUGUGGAUAACCAAAGAACAGAAAUAGCCACAUUGUUGUAUGGUAAUUUGAAUAUAAUAUUGUGGGAUAUAAAAAGACCAGGGAAUGUUAAGAGAAACUUGGGAGUUUGUGGAAGAAACAAAAGAACCUUUAACUUUUGUUUUAAAUAUUUAGUAGACAGAAGAUGCCUCAAAAUAAAAUUUCUCAUCUUCUUGCUUUUGGGGAAUGGAAUAAAAUACAUAUUGACUUUAUCUACCUACACUAGUUAGAACAGGCUCAAUAAAGAAUUUAAGGUCUUUUCAUGGACAUUAGUUAAAAGAAAAAAAAAAUUGCCAGGCAUAUUAGCUUACAUGGGGAGUUCCAACAUGUAGAAAGCUGAGGCAGACGAGCUCUGAAUUUGCUAUGAGUUGCAUAGCAAGACGCCAUCUUAAGAGACAAACCAAAUACAGAGAAAGAGUGUAAUCUUUGUUCACUCUUUAAGAUGAGGAAGCACAGAAAUAGUAGCAAAGCUUGGAAGCUUUCUUGUUGAGUCAGGUAUUGGGACAAAAUUAUGAAAACACCCUUUAAAGGCAUGUAAAACUUAUAAACUAAUGUUCAUAGCAAAAAUCUUGAGCAUUAAAAUGAAAUUCUGAUGUGCACACUUCAUUUCUGCUUUGAGUUCCUUUCAUUACUGUCCCUCUCUCCAUUUGAAACUUUGAAGCUAGGGUUGGGCUAGGGUUGUGAUGUUCAGAGGUUUAAGGGUCAUUCAUAGAUUGAAGUGAGUUCCAAACAUGAAAAGGAACCAUCUGUAGAUGAUGGCCUUGAGUGCACUUGAUCCUGUUUAUCUGGAAAAGAUUUUUGGUGGUGUUGGUGACGUUUGGUGGUGGUUGGUUGCUGGGUUUUGACGGAUUUGUCUCAACCUCCUGAGUGCUGAAAUUACAUGUGCUGUCAUGCCUAGUUUUAUUUGAAAGAAAUUUAAAACCUGAAUCCAGUCAUUCUUGGUUAUGUAUAAAAAGUACUGGUCUUCGUAGUGGCUAGGCUGCAUCCUUUCCUGCAGGCUUUCUUAACACACAUUUGUUAAGAUCAAACCUGAAUAAAACUACAUGUUAAUAUGAAAAAUAUGCAUGUCUUUAUUUUCUAAGUCUAUAAUUUAAAGAGUAUAUUAUUAUAAUCCUAACUGAUAAGCAUACAUGCAGGCCUCUGUUUUUUGAAAUGAUGCAACAGUAGAAAAUAAGGGACUUUUCUUACAUAUUUUUAUUUAAUAUGAAUUUAUCUGGGAGUUUGAUACAUAGGUAUAGGCUCAGUAUAAAUGAUAUAAUACAGAAAGUAUAUUAGUUGUAUUAAUGUGUGCCUUUCAUUUACAUACAGUAUGUAAAAAAUCUUUUUGUGCUACCACCACUUAUUUGGUGAAAUGUUCUUAAAAGUAUUGUGAUGUUUUUCAAUUAUAAAUUCAUAAGUAUUUUAUCAAUUCAAAAGUAAAUGUAGUCCUGCUUUCUGUCAACUAUUCAUUUGUUAUAAUUCUUUAUGUCUCUUAGCUGCUUCAAAUCCAGGCCUUUUCACCCCUUUCAACUGGGUUUAAAAGGUUUUGCUUCUUUGUAUUAUAUGAUGUGAACUUCCCCAUAUUACAACAUUUAAAAAUUUUUACUUUAAAGAGGUAGUAGUAUAUAAUAAAAAAAUAUAAAAAUUAUUUGAAGUUUGAAAUUAUUUAAAGAUUGAUUAUUAGUUAAUUUUCUAAGAAUGCAUAUGAGGUUAAUCUCAUGGUAAGAAAAUGCUUCAAGGUGGGACCUGAGGAGUUCAUGUUUAGCGUGAAGCAACUGUAGCCAAGUGUUUGUGUUCUCCUUUACUGUACAGGUUCCCCAUAUACCUGUGUCUAUAAAGCACAGGGCUGUGAAAUUUGACCUGUUACAUUAUAUUGAAUUUCUUAGAUUUCAUUAUGAGAAUGAGUUAAGCAGGAAUAACAAGUUGUGUUUUACGAAGUGAACAAACCAAAAUGGUAACCUGCCUGCUGCUUUUGGCAGCUGGAAUAAGACCAGCUUAUUCUUGGUUCUACGGCAGCUCCUGUUGAUUGUUUGAUGGCUGGAAAGGACCAUGGUGUCACAGAGUUCUGGACUGUGAAAGCUCAGAUGUGUUCUACCACCAAGAAUGACUGACCUGUCAUUGGGUGCAAAAGUCAGCAUUGUGGUAUGAGCUAAAUUAAUUGAAUUUCUACUGAAUUUUGGAUAACUGUUUUGUAAUUUGCCAACCAACGUUGUACUUGGUACAGUCCCUUUGUAGUGAGUUUGACUAUUGUCUUAAAUGUAUGUGCUAAGAUAACUGAAAAAACUAAAAUCAUCCAUCUCAGUGUUGAAAACAUUCUAAUAAAAUGCAUAUAGUAAAUGCUUCCUAA